UUGGAAGAAGACAGUUAAAAAGUGGCGUCAGUCAGUAUCAUUUUUUUGGUAAUCAAAGACCAUUUUGUUUGCGCAAACCAAAAGCGCCCUCGAAAACGAAACGAAACAAAAACACCUCAACGAUGAAACUCCUCCUCAGACCUCUCUAGAUCCUCUUCACCCCCCGCCCGUACACAAAACAUUUUCUGAUUAUUGAUUUCAAGAACGUCUUCCCGUUUGGAUCUACUGAAUAAUGAUGUGGAAGUGAGAUGCAGCCUAAUCUGUUCCCAUUCGGCACAGUUCAAUGGCGGCGAUCUAAACGACCUUGGUGGAUUCGAGAGCUCUAGACUUUUUCUCUUCUUACUCACUAAGGCAUAUGGAUUUCUCCAAAGUCGGGGAAAAAUUCCUCAGCUCUGUGAAAUCCGCUAAAUCCCUCGGACUCUUACCCUCCUCCUUCUCCGAUCGCCCUGAGAUUCCGGCACGUGCCACGGCUGCAGCUGCUGUUGCACGUGCUUUGGCUGGACUUGCUCCUGAUCAGAGAUUAAGCAUAUCAUCUUCUGCUACUGAGCUUAGUUUAAUAUAUGGUGGUAACAGACCUCCUCCCCAAGAAGUUGAAGAGCUUGAACAAGGCUUCUACCAAGAGGACUUUGAUCCAGUAAGGCAUAUUUUGGAGAAUGUACCGGAUGAUCAAACUGACCUUGCUUUUUUUGAGAAACAGGCCACUUUGAGGUUGGUGCAGCUGGAUAGAGUGGCCGAAGAUCUGUCUCAUCAUGUUAUGGAGCAUCAUCAAGUUAUGGUGAAGGGGAUGAAUUUGGUUAGAGAAUUGGAGAAAGAUUUGAAGGUUGCUAAUGUCAUCUGCAAAAAUGGAAGACGGAAUUUGACUUCUUCCAUGAAUGAGGCUUCAAGAGAUCUUAUCGUACACACUCAUUCCAAAAAGAAACAAGCUCUUCUGGACAUGCUUCCUAUAUUAACCGAUCUUCGCCAUGCAAGAGUAAUGCAGUCAAGUCUUGAAGACCUUGUUGACGAAGGAAACUAUUGCAAGGCAUUUCAAGUUUUAUCUGAGUACUUGCAGCUUCUUGACAGUCUAUCUGAGUUUUCAGCUAUCCAAGAGAUGACCCGUGGUGUAGAGGUUUGGUUAGGACGAACUCUUCAUAAGCUGGAUUCACUUUUGUUGGGCGUUUGCCAAGAGUUCAAAGAAGAUAGUUAUGUAAUGGUCCUUGACGCUUAUGCACUGAUCGGUGAUGUCUCUGGUCUCGCCGAGAAGAUACAGAGCUUCUUUAUGCAAGAAGUUAUCUCAGAAACGCACUCAGUGCUAAAGACAGUUGUUGGGGAGGAUAACAGUGCUGCCACCCAAUUUAGUAGACUUACAUACAGCGAUCUAUGUCUUCAGACACCAGAAUCCAAGUUUAGGCAAUGUCUUUUGAGAACACUAGCUGUGCUAUUUCAGUUAAUAUAUUCGUACCAUGAGAUAAUGAGUUUCGCUCCAGAAAAGAAGGUAGAAAGUUACAUCUCAACGAGCUCUGCAACAACUCAAAAGAUUGAUUCAGUGUCAGACACUUCUUGCGAACUACAGGAUGAUGGUCUCUCGUCAGCCAUAAGUUCAGCAAGCGUGCCUACCAUUUCUGCUGAAGAGUCUAGUGGAGGAGAAACCUCCAUUCUCGUAAAGCAAGCGUCUAAUAGUGCAGUAGACGACUCUAGGGAUUUUGGAGAUACACUAUCUAAUGGCGAGUCACCAUGGUACCAUCUACGAAAAGAGAGUGCUGCCUUUGUUUCAGAAACUCUGCAAAGAGGACGCAGAAAUCUUUGGCAACUUACAACAAGCCGCGUGUCAGUUCUGCUCUCAUCUCCAGCUGCUUCUUCAACAAGUAUACAUCAGUUCCUAAAAAAUUAUGAAGACCUGAGGGUCUUUAUCCUUGCUGGGGAAGCGUUUUGUGGAUUUGAAGUUGUUGAUUUUAGGGAGAAGCUAAAGGGUGUAUGCGAAAAUUAUUUCUCUGCAUUCCAUAGGCAAAGCAUGCAUGCGCUCAAAAUGGUCCUGGAGAAGGAGACGUGGACGAAACUGCCACCUGGUACUGUGCAAGCUAUUAAUUUUUCCGGUCUCGUGGGGAAUGGGGCUCCCCUAAUUAUGUCUUCCCGAAGUGCCUCUGGUGCUUCCAGAGUCUUUUCGAAUAAGUCAGAUGACUCGACUGGUCCUAGUGGGAACAGGAGUGGAUUCUCAUAUUGGUUGAAAAGUGGAAACCCUUUCUCUGCAAAGUUAACUUACUAUCGAGAAGACCAAGACUACUCCUCUGUCAAUGGAGCUGGCUCUGGAGAUUUCGAAGGGAAUGAUUGUAUUCACGAGGACGUUGUAAAUCCCAAGAUAAGAGAUGCAAAACGCAGUAACGGAGGUAGUCCUGUUUCAGGAGACGAAAACGAAGACCUUCAUGCUGACUAUAUUGACGAGGAUAGUCAGCUUCCAAGACGAAGUUUUACACGUAGUGUAUCAAGGAGUUCUUCUUCACAUAUCAGUACUAAUGAUGAUUUGACAGCUCAAACAGGAUCCUCACUUUGUCUUCUAAGGUCUAUGGAUAAGUACGCGAGGCUUAUGCAGAAACUAGAAAUUGUUAAUGUCGAAUUCUUUAAGGGAAUAUGCCAAUUGUUUGGGGUCUUUCUCUAUUUCGUGUAUCAAGUAUUUGGUCAAGAAAAUACGAAUUCAGGUGGAAAAGGAGUUACCGACUCUUCCAAUCAUCGUUUGAAAAGCUGCUUAUCCCGGAUAUCACAAGAAUGUGAGCAAUGGAUAAAGCCUCAGUUUUCAUCGUCACCAUCUUCUUCACUUUCCUUCCCCAACACACUCCCUAGUCUUGCGGACGUGACUCCAGCGAGUCCUAUAAAAACAUCUGGUCACGUAUCAGGCACAUCUUUUAGUCUCAAGGAAAGAUGCGCUGCAGUGGACACUGUUUCUCUUGUGGCUCGAAUACUGCAUAAAUCAAAAGCUCAUUUCCAAUCGAUGCUUUUGUCAAGAAAUGGCUCUCUGGUUGAAGACUUCUUUGGUCAACUGGUUGGUUCCGUACCUGAACUGACAGAGCACUUACAUAGGACAACUGCAAGGAUACUGCUGCAUGUUAAUGGAUAUGUAGAACGGAUUGCUAAUUCUAAAUGGGAAGUCAAGGAGCUUGGAGUGGAGCAUAAUGGGUAUGUUGAUUUGAUGCUCGGGGAAUUCAAACACUACAAAACAAGGCUUGCCCAUGGAGGCAUUUCACAGGAGGUCCAAAAUCUCCUACUGCAAUAUGGAGUUGAAAUAUUUGCGGAGAUGCUGGUCGAAGGGUUCUCUCGAAUAAAAAGAUGUACUGAUGAAGGACGUGCUCUCAUGUCAUUAGAUAUUCAGGUCCUGAUAAAUGGGCUACAGCACUUUGUGCCGACAAAGGUGAAGCCAAAGUUACAGAUAGUCGAAACAUUUAUCAAGGCAUACUAUCUGCCAGAGACGGAAUAUGUCCACUGGGCAAGAGCUCAUCCGGAAUAUACGAAAGCACAGGUCACUGGACUGGUGAAUUUAGUAGCCACCAUGAAAGGCUGGAAGAGGAAAACGCGACUAGAAGUUGUCGAUAAGAUUGAAUCAGCUUCUGCAUAG